CAUGUAGGCGCACCAAUGCCAAGCGUCCUCCUCGCCAACUGCCCAAGCGUCAAGCUCCGAGCUUCUCUGAAACUCCGAGCGCUGAAACUAAUCAAGUGAGAACCCAAAAUUUUCUAUCACCAUCAACUUCCAGGUCAAGUCUUGGCACGGUAGUAGUAUACCAACUGUGUUGUGCUACCGUCCUGGAGAGGCGAGGAGGAGGAUGUCUGCAGCAUCAACAACUAUACCGACCUGUUUCUUUGGUGCCAUACUGAAUGACGUGUGAACCAUGGAGUGGUCGCGCUGCACCUGCAUCACGGCCGCCGUCCUCCUCCUCCUCCUGCCGCGCCUGUGCUCGCCGGCCGGGGACAAGCUGACCCACGGGGAGUUGCUGCGGCCCGGUGACACCAUCGUGUCCGACGGCGGCGCCUUCGUGCUGGGCUUCUUCGCCCCCUCCGACGCCACGCCGGCCAGGCAGUACCUCGGCAUAUGGUACAGCAACACCACCGUGACCGUGCAAACCGUGGUGUGGGUCGCCAACCGGGACGCGCCGGUCACCGUCGACGGGCGUUCCGGCAACUCCCCCUCCGCGCCGUCGCUUGCGCUGGCCAGCGACGCCUCCAACCUCGUCUUGUCCGACGCCAGCGGCCGCGUCGCAUGGACGACGAACAUCACUGGCGCCACCAGCUCAGGGGCCGCUGGUUCAACGGCGGCAGUGCUUCGGAACGACGGUGACCUCGUCGUCCUAUCGCCGGACGGUGCGACGCUGUGGCGGAGCUUCGACCACCCGACGGACACGUUCAUCCCUGGCAUGAAGGUAGGGCGGCGCUACCGCCCGCGCGACGGGGUCGAUGGCUGGCGCAUCGUCUCGUGGAAGGUCCCCGGCGACCCUUCGCCGGGGAGCUUUUCCUACGGCAUGGACCCGAACACGUCCCUCCAGCUGCUGCUGUGGAACGGGACGCGUAUCCACUGGCGCACCUCGGCCUGGACGGGGUACAUGACCGCCGGCAAGUACCACGGCGCCACCGGCACGGUCAUCUACCAGACGGUCGUCGACAGCGACGAGGAGAUCUACGCGAGCUUCUCCGUCGCCGACGGCGCCCCGCCGACGAGGUACGUGGUGACCGACGCCGGCAAGUACCAGCUUCUGAGCUGGGACCGCAACGCGUCGGCGUGGGCCACGCUCGAGUCCUGGCCGUCCCGCGCGUGCAGCCCCUACGGCAGCUGCGGUGCCUACGGCUACUGCGACCACUCGCAGGCCGCGGGGGCGUGCAAGUGCCUCGAUGGCUUCGAGCCGGCGAGCCAAGGGGAGUGGAGCCGCGGCGUGUUCUCGCGGGGCUGCCGCCGAAGUCAGGCGCUGGCGCCGUGCGGCGGCGGCGGUGAGGGGGAUGCGUUCUUGGCGAUGGCCAAUAUGAAGGUGCCGGACAAGUUCGUGCUCCUCGGGAACAUGGUCUCCGACGACGAAUGCGCCGCGGCGUGCCGCCGGAACUGCUCCUGCGUGGCCUACGCGUACAAGAGCCUGCGGAGCAGCCGCGCCAACGGUGACAUGGCGCUGUGCCUGGUGUGGACAGGGGAGCUGGUCGACGCGCAGAUGAUCGGAGCGAUCUGGGGCGUGGCCGCCGAGACGCUUAACCUCCGGGUUCCUGCCGGAUUCGCAGGCAAAAAGACAGGGACAAAAACUGUGAAAAUUUUACUUCCAGUGUUGGCGAGUGUUUUGAUAGUCACAUGCAUUGUCCUUUUUUGGUUUUGCAAGAGCAGAGCCAAAGGUAAGAGAAGAAGCAGUGAAAGUGAGAAGAAGCUGGUGCCUGGCAGUGUGCGCACUUCAAGUGAACUUGGAGAAGGAAACCCUACUGAAGAUCUUGAAUUCCCUUCCAUACAGUUCAGUGAUAUUGCUGUGGCAACUAAUAACUUCUCGAAAGCAUGUAUGAUCGGGCGCGGAGGUUUUGGCAAAGUUUACAAGGGAACAUUAUUAGGUGGUCGCGAAGUUGCUGUCAAGAGGCUCAGCAAGGAUUCUGAGCAAGGAAUAGAGGAAUUCAAGAAUGAAGCUAUUUUGAUCUCCAAACUGCAGCACCGGAACUUGGUUCGGCUUCUCGGUUGCUGCACAGAGGGAGCUGAGAGGUUGCUGAUAUAUGAGUACUUGGCCAAUAAAGGCCUAGAUGCUAUCCUUUUCGACAACGAAAGGAAAUCUCUGCUGGAUUGGCCGACAAGAUUUGGGAUCAUCAAGGGCGUGGCUAGGGGACUUCUGUAUCUCCAUCAGGAUUCAAGACUGACGGUGAUACACAGAGACCUCAAAGCGAGUAACGUCUUGUUGGAUGCAGAGAUGAGACCCAAAAUAGCCGAUUUCGGUAUGGCCAAGAUAUUUGGCGAAAACCAGCAAAAGGCAAACACUAAGAGAGUUGUCGGAACAUAUGGCUACAUAGCUCCUGAAUAUCAAAUUGAGGGCGUCUUCUCUGUCAAGUCUGACGUCUACAGCUUUGGCAUAUUGGUCCUGGAGAUUGUGAGUGGCGUCAGGAUAAGCUCUACCGAUGACAUAAUGGGGUCCCCGGGCCUUGUAGCUUAUGCAUGGAAGCUGUGGAAGGAAGGGAGUGCAAGUGACCUGGUAGACUCAUCCAUCGCGGAGGGCUGGGCGCUGGAUGAAGCCUUUCUCAGCGUCCACGUCGGGCUCCUGUGCGUUCAGGACGACCCGAACGGCCGGCCGCUCAUGUCCUCUGUCGUGUCCAUCCUGGAGAACGGGAGCGUGUCUCUUCCGGCGCCGGACCGACCGGCGUAUUUCGCAGAGAGGAACAGUAAGGUGAAAGGAGAUGAUGUUCAGAGCUCCAGGAACUCCAUCACCAUGACUGUUCUUCAGGGACGGUAGACAGCCAAGACAAUGCUAACCUUUUUCGGCUCGGCUGUACAUUACUACGGAGUCGUGGUGGCUGGGCUGUGCCUUCAUCAGAAUCUAUUCGCUUCUGUUGGUCCCCGCACACGCGCCAGUUGCACUCUGUCCAGGACGUCCACAUCGUCACCGGCGGAGCGGAAGGCGGCGGCGCAUUCGCCAGGUUCGGUUUGUGGCGUGCGCGCGAGGCGCGGUGCCAGUGCGGAAGUACGGGGAGGCGGAGACCACCAGGAGGGGGUGUGGUGGGGUGUCGUGUAGGGAAACGGGUAGGCUAUGCUAGCAUCACUAUUGUAUAUACCCAAAAUAUUUACGAAUAGAAGAUCAUAGAUCGUUAUCACUA